CGCGGAUUUCCGGUUCCGGGAACAACGAACGGCCGCGGAGGCGACAGCUACUGCUUGGGAGAAGGCGGCUGCAGAGGAGGAAGAGGGGGACGAGGCGGGAGGCGCAGGCUGAUUCUUCUCCAUGGGCCGGCGGGCCUAGAGGCCAGUGCCAAGCUGGCUGCUGUUGCUGUUGCUUCCCAAGGGCUCCAUGGCUGAGGAUUGGCAGGACUGCCCAGCCCUGGGCCCUGGCUGGAAGCGCCGGGAAGUCUUUCGCAAGUCAGGGGCCACCUGCGGGCGCUCAGACAUCUAUUACCAGAGUCCGACAGGAGAUAGGAUCCGAAGCAAAGUUGAACUGACCAGAUACCUGGGCCCUGCGUGUGACCUCUCCCUCUUCGACUUCAAGCAAGGUGUCUUGUGCUACCCAGCCCCCAAGGCAAGUUCUUUGCCCACCUCAAGCAAGAAGCAGAAGAAGGCAUCCAAGCCAGCCAGGGCUCGGAAGCGUGAUGUUGGGUCCCAGAGGGGUGAGGUCAGGAAAGAAGAAGCCAAAGCUAACACUGAUCCGACCCCGAGCUCAUUCCCUGCACCUGGGUGCUGUGAGAAUUGUGGAAUCCACUUCUCAGGGGAUGGCUCCCGAAGGCAGCGGCUCAAGACAUUAUGCAAGGACUGCCGCGCGCAGAGAAUUGCCUUCAACCGAGAGCAGCGGAUGUUUAAGCGUGUGGGCUGCGGGGAGUGUGCAGCCUGCCAGGUAACUGAAGACUGCGGGGCCUGCUCCACCUGCCUCCUGCAGCUGCCCCGUGACGUGGCCUCGGGGCUGUACUGCAAGUGUGAGCGGAGACGCUGCCUCCGGAUUGUGAAGAGGAGCCAAGGCUGUGGAGUGUGCCGGGGCUGUCAGACCCAAGAAGACUGUGGCUGCUGCCGAGUCUGCCUUCGCCCUCCCCGUCCUGGGCUCAGGCGCCAGUGGAGGUGUAUCCAGCGGCGCUGCCUACGGCACCUUGCUCACCGCCUCCGUCGUCACCAUCAGCGAUGUCAACGACGCCCUACCCUGACUGUAGCCCCCCCUCCUAGUAAACGCAGCCGCCACAGGGGAGGCCGUGAUGCUAAGGGGGCUGCCCGGAAACACUCCCGAGCCCAGCCACCACCUCCACUUCUCCCAUCGCGGCCUCCAGAACCCCCAGAGCUGCACCCCAGAGCCCUGGCCCCCUCGCCAACUGCCGAGCUCAUCUAUUGUGUAGAGGAGGACGAGCUACAACCCUACACGAACCGCCGGCAGAACCGAAAGUGUGGGGCCUGUGCAGCUUGCCUACGAAGGAUGGACUGUGGCCGCUGUGACUUCUGCUGUGACAAGCCCAAAUUUGGGGGCAGCAACCAGAAGCGCCAGAAGUGUCGUUGGCGCCAGUGCCUGCAGUUUGCCAUGAAGCGGCUGCUGCCCAGCACUGGGUCAGGCUCUGAGGAGGGGGCAGGAUCACCUCCACUUUACCCUCGGCGAAAGAGACCUGGCUCUGCUCGACGACCUCUCCUGGGCCCCACUCGGAAGCCCUCCUUGCCGACGCACACAGUUCGGUCAGACCGUGUCCAGGCACCAAUGAAGCAGGAACCAGGUGGUGGCUUCGUGCUGCCCCCACCUGGCACCGAUCUUGUGUUUUUACGGGAGGGUGCCAGCAGUCCUGUGCAAGUGCCAGGGCCUGCUGCAGCUUCCACAGAAACUGUGUCGCAGGAGGCCCAGUGCUCUGGCCUGAGCUGGGCUGUGGCCUUAACCCAGGUGAAGCAAGAGAAGGUGGAUGCCCAGGAAGAGUGGACACCUGGCACAGCUGUCCUGACUUCUCCCAUAGUGCAGCCUGGCUGCCCUAGCAAGGCAGUAGACGCAGGCCUGCCACCAGUGAAGCAAGAGCCACCUGACCCUGAGGAGGACAAGGAGGAGGACAACCAGGAUGACUGGGCCUCUAAGUCGGCCCCCGAGGAGGAGUCAGGAGGGGCUGGCACACCUGUGAUCACGGAGAUUUUCAGCCUGGGUGGAACCCGCUUCCGAGACACAGCUGUCUGGUUACCAAGUCUGCAGGGCAGGCAGUCGGGAAGGGAAGAUGGCUGUAAAGUAUGGGAGACCGAGGACACAUUGGAGCCCCUGAGGACGAGCUGGGACCCUCGAAGAUGGCCUGGAUCCCCUCUCAGUCUCUCAUCGCCCUCAGCUUUGAUGAUGUGGGUGCCCUGCAGAAGAAGCUGGUGCCCGUCUUCACACAUGUAAAUGUAUGCACCUGGCCUAGGAAUGAGACAUGCUGGAGGAAGAUCCCGGGGAGGAUGGAGCAGCUGUAGGCCUGGCUGUGGGCCUGACUGCUGCCCCACGGCCACGAGGUGAGCCAGCAGGAACCGCACCAGCCCUCCACGCGUAGAGUAUGCUGCUGCUUCACUUCUGCCCUCCAGUUCCCAGGCUAAUGCCUCCUGUGGCCCCACUAACCGGAAACAUAGGGAAGAGAGUUGUGGGAAACACCCUAGCCCACGAGACACAGCCACUCUACCAUGAAUCACCUCCCAACGGUCUCCCUACUCACCCAAGGAUAAUUCGAUAAAGCAACAUCAAUGCAAAGCUGAAGACCAUGAAUUCCGUGGUGAUGCCAGCAAGUAAAGAAAUUCUGUCCAGCCCACCCAGAGCAGACAUGCUGGUGUUGGCUAUUUUUGUGUCAUUUCAUUUGAGUAUUGACAGCCUAGCCCAUGAGAGGCACUGUACUUAAUACUGGAACACAAAAAGAAAAAAAAAGUCCAUGCAAGUUUAUUAAAUGCAUCGUAUAUAUUAUGUGAAUGGAUUCCCAACUUUAUCAUGGAUUUUAAUAAUGGAACCAGUUCUGGAAGCAAGAAGAAAGUACUUAUAUGAACCUUGUUGGGGCACAACAAGAAUUGCAAAUAGUUUAUAUCUCUAAGCUAUCCUGUCUUAAAAUGGUUUAAAAAUGA